ACUUCAUGUCAUUUUAUUAGGGGUGCUCUGUCCCUUCCAGGAGGCCUGUUCAAUGGGGAGGUGCUGGUGUGGGACACCAGCAGACUGGAAGACCCUCUGCUCUGGAGGACAGGGAUGACAGAUGACACUCACACAGAUCCAGUUUAUCAGGUUAGCUGGUUACAAGACUCAAAGCAUGGCCACACCUUCCGUGUUCUGAGCGUCUCCACGGAUGGGAAGAUCCUGGUGUGGCGGGAGGACAGAGAUGGCCUUCUCAAGCCCACAGAUGGCUUUGCUUUUGUAUUGCAGCAGAUCCCCAGGAACACAAAAUUGAAGAAGCAAGCAAGAGGAGACACAGCUGUGGGUGUGACCUCCCUCUCCUUCUCCCACUUUGAGCCCAGCACCUUUGUCGUUGGCACAGAAGGGGGCUACCUGCUCAAGUGCUCCACUGCAGUGGAGGCUGUCGCUCUCCUACAGAAAGGCAGUUCCAUCCCACUCAAGGCACCUGCUCAGUUUGUCUUCUCCCUCCACGGAGGACCCAUCUACUGUGUGAGCUGCUCACCUUUCCACAGGAAUCUGUUUUUGAGCGGUGGGACGGCUGGCCACGUUCAUUUGCACUCCAUGCUACAAGCUCAGCCCCUUGUUUCUCUUCAGUUGUCCAAGAAAUAUAUUUUCAGUGUCAAGUGGUCUCCAGUGCGGCCCUUGGUUUUUGCAGCUGCUUCUGGUGACGGGGAAUUGCACCUGUUUGAUUUUGGGAAGAGCUCUCAGAAGCCAUCUAUUUCCAUCACGCAGACUUCUGACCAGACCCCAGUUUACUGCUUAGAGUUCAACCACAAACAAGCCCAACUUCUGGCUGCUGGAGAUGGCAGUGGGGUGGUGAAAAUAUGGCAGCUAAGUUCAGAUUUCACAGAAGAGGGACCACGGGAAAUGAACCAUCUUGACCAACUGGCAAAUGAGGUAACAGAUUAAUAUGGACAGUAAAUAAAAGGCUUGGUGUUAUCUCAA